GCCGGCACCCACAAUGCCUCCUCCCAUCCUCCUCACCGUGCUCCUCCUCCUACCUCUCCUCCUCCUUCCGGCCACCGCCUCCCCGGACCGCGACAUCUACGCGCUGGCCAAGCUCAAAUCCGCGCUCGUGCCCAACCCCUCCGCCACACCGGCGCUCCUCCAAGACUGGGACCCCGCCGCCACCUCCCCCGCCCACUGCGCCUUCACCGGCGUCACCUGCGACGCCGCCACCUCACGCGUCACCGCCAUCAACCUCACCGCCCUCCCGCUCCACGCCGGCACCCUCCCGCCCGAGCUCUCCCUCCUCGACGCCCUCACCAACCUCACCAUCGCCGCCUGCGCCCUGCCCGGCCACCUCCCCGCCACCCUCCCCGCCCUCCCCUCCCUCCGCCACCUCAACCUCUCCAACAACAACCUCUCCGGCCCCUUCCCCGCCCCCACCACCGCCCCCUACUUCCCCGCCCUCGCCCUCCUCGACUGCUACAACAACAACCUCACCGGCCCACUCCCGCCCUUCUCCACCGCCCACUCCACAACCCUAACCUACCUCCAGCUCGGCGGCAACUACUUCUCCGGCCCGAUCCCGCCCACCUACGGCCAUCUAUCCUCCCUCCGCUACCUCGGCCUCAACGGCAACGCCCUCUCAGGCGCCAUCCCCACCACCCUCGCCAACCUCGCCCUCCUCGAGGACCUCUACCUCGGCUACUACAACCAGUACUCCGGCCCCAUCCCGCCGGACCUCGGCCGCCUAACAAACCUACGCCGGCUCGACAUGAGCAGCUGCAACCUCACCGGCCCCAUCCCGCCGCAGCUCGGCCGGCUCGCCAACCUCGACACCCUCUUCCUCCUCUGGAACCGCCUCUCCGGCGACAUCCCGCCCGAGCUCGGCGCCCUGCGCAGCAUGCAGUCGCUCGACCUCUCCGUCAACGACCUCGGCGGCGAGAUACCCGCCACCCUCGCCAAGCUCACCAGCCUCAAGCUCCUCAACCUCUUCCGCAACCACCUCCGCGGCGGCAUCCCGGAGUUCAUCGGCGACCUGCCGCAGCUCGAGGUGCUGCAGCUCUGGGAGAACAACCUCACCGGCCCUCUCCCGGCGAACCUCGGCAAGAACGGGCGUCUGAAAACGCUCGACGUCACCACCAACCACCUCACCGGCCCCGUCCCACCGGGCCUCUGCGACGGGCGCCGGCUCGAGACGCUCGUGCUCAUGGACAACGGCUUCUUCGGCCCCAUCCCGGGCUCCCUCGGCGGGUGCAAGACCCUCACGCGCGUGCGCCUCAGCAGGAACUUCCUCACCGGCGCGGUCCCGCCGGGCCUCUUCGACCUGCCGCAGGCCAACAUGCUGGAGCUCACCGACAACCUGCUCUCGGGCACGCUGCCCGACGUCAUCGGCGGGAACAAGAUCGGGAUGCUGCUACUAGGCAACAACAUGAUCGGCGGCAGGAUUCCAGCCUCAAUCGGCAACCUGCCGGCGCUGCAGACGCUGUCGCUCGAGUCGAACAACUUCUCGGGCAGCCUCCCGGCGGAGCUGGGCCGGCUGCGGAACCUGUCGCGGCUCAACGUCAGCGGCAACGCGCUCACGGGCGCCAUCCCGCCGGACCUCACGCGCUGCGCCGCGCUCGCCGCCGUCGACGCCAGCCGCAACCGCCUCACGGGGGAGAUCCCGGGCGGCGUCACGGAGCUCAAGGUCCUCUGCACGCUCAACGUGUCGCGCAACGCGCUCUCGGGGGAGCUCCCGCCGGGCAUGUCCAACAUGACCAGCCUCACCACGCUCGACGUGUCCUACAACGCGCUCUCCGGCGCCGUGCCCAUGCAGGGCCAGUUCCUGGUCUUCAACGAGAGCUCCUUCGUCGGCAACCCGGGGCUCUGCGGCGGGCCCCUCGCCGCCGCCGACGACGCGCUCGCCUGCCGCGACGGCCUCGGCUCCGGCGCCGGCGCGGGGCUGCUGUCCCUGCGCCGCUGGGACUCCAAGAAGAUGCUGGUGUGCCUCGCGGCCGUGCUCGCCGCGCUCGUGGCGGCGUUCCUCGGCGGGCGGAAAGGGUGCGAGGCGUGGCGCGAGGCCGCGCGGCGCCGUUCUGGAGCCUGGAAGAUGACGGUGUUCCAGAAGCUGGACUUCUCCGCCGACGACGUGGUCGAGUGCCUCAAGGAGGACAACAUCAUCGGCAAGGGCGGCGCGGGGAUCGUCUACCACGGCGUGACGCACGCGGGCGCCGAGCUGGCCAUCAAGCGCCUCGUCGGCCGCGGCGUGGGCGGCGACCGGGGCUUCUCGGCGGAGGUGGGCACGCUGGGGCGGAUCCGGCACCGCAACAUCGUGCGCCUGCUGGGUUUCGUCUCCAACCGCGAGACCAACCUGCUGCUCUACGAGUACAUGCCCAACGGCUCGCUCGGGGAGAUGCUCCACGGCGGCAAGGGCGGCCACCUCGGCUGGGAGGCACGGGCGAGGGUGGCGCUCGAGGCCGCGCGCGGCCUAUGCUACCUCCACCAUGACUGCGCGCCCAGGAUCAUCCACCGCGACGUCAAGUCCAACAACAUCCUGCUCGACUCCGGGUUCGAGGCACACGUCGCCGACUUCGGCCUCGCAAAGUUCCUCGGCGGCGGCGCGGGUGGCGGCGCCUCCGAGUGCAUGUCCGCCAUCGCAGGCUCCUACGGCUACAUCGCCCCAGAGUACGCCUACACGCUGCGGGUGGACGAGAAGAGCGACGUGUACAGCUUCGGUGUGGUGCUGCUAGAGCUCAUCACAGGGCGCCGCCCUGUCGGCAGCUUCGGCGAUGGUGUUGACAUCGUGCACUGGGUGCGCAAGGUCACCGCGGAGCUCCCUAACACCGCCGCGGCCGUCCUCGCCGUCGCGGACCGCCGCCUAUCCCCUGAGCCUGUGCCGCUGCUGGUGGGCCUCUACGACGUGGCCACGGCGUGCGUCGAGGAGGCUAGCACGGCCCGGCCCACCAUGCGCGAGGUCGUGCAUAUGCUUUCCCAGCCGGCCAUCGCCACCGCUGCUGCCGAUGCGGCCCAGCCCGACGACGACCUCCUCCUGUCCUUCUGACACGCCGGAGUUCCUUGCUCGGUGAUCACAGAGCUAAUUAAGGUUAAUGUACGCGCUUACCCGCGCUAAUUUUGGUUUACCUGGUGCUUAGUUUUGUGCCGUACGUGUGGAUGUGUAAUAACAAUUACCUAUACUAUACUCCCCUGAAGCUGAAGGUGGAGUGCUGCAAGACCUGUGACUGGAUGUUGCUCAUGCCAUUGUGCAUAGCUGUGAACUAAUAUAUGUACAUAUUAGUAAAAUUCCCAAGGCCAAAUA